AUGUUUCGCGGGUUGCAGUUGUUGUCGGCUCAUGCUUUCUUACGGUCCGUGUGCCGUUCAUCGCAACCAACUUCUAAAGAAGCUUUUCGCGUGAUUAAACUUUCGCCAGCACACCACAAGAUUCACGCAUCAAGUUAUCUUAAUGCUAUACGAACUAUUAAUGUGCCUUCCUUCCCCGAAUCAAUCUCGGAGGGAGAUAUUGCUUGGAAAAAGUUAGUUGGUGAUGCUGUGCAAGUAGACGAGGUGAUUGCUGAGGUUGAAACUGAUAAAACGUCUAUCCCUGUCGUAUCGCCAGUGAAUGGUGUCGUUUCAGAACUUCUUUUUGAGGAGGGCGAUAAGGUAACCUACGACCAACCGCUAGUCAGAAUUGACGAACGUGAAGUUACUCCCUGUAAGACCCCUCCCUCUACGAAACCUAAGGAAUCAGCUCUCCCAAUGAGUGACGUAUCCACUUCAGCAGCACCUUUACCCACUGAACAGAAGCGAGAGUCGUCUUCUCGUUUUACAUCGCCUGCAGUAUCCCCGCCACGUCCAUCUCACGUGCCCGGACUCACACCUUUAUCCCCAAUCUCUGCUUUUCCGGUUAGAGCCCGGAUCGAGCAGCGCAUUAAGAUGACGCGAAUUCGCGCCCGCACUGCUGAACGUCUGAAGGAGGCACAAAACACUUGCGCUAUCCUAACCACUUUUAACGAGGUCGAUAUGUCGAAUCUGAUCGAUAUGCGCACUCAAUACAAGGAAGCAUUCUUUAAAAAGCACGGCGUCAAACUAGGUAUCAUGUCGUGCUUCUCUAAGGCAGUGGUAUUUGCCCUGCAGGAUCAGCCGAUUGUUAAUGCGUACAUUGACGGCAAUGAAGUCGUAUACAGAAAUUAUGUCGAUUUGAGUAUCGCUGUCGCCUCGCCCAAAGGUCUCGUUGUUCCCGUCUUGCGCAACGUUGAAUCCAUGAACUUUGCCGCUAUUGAGCGAGGGAUCUUUGAUCUGGGCGAAAAGGCUAAGAAUGGCCACAUAGCAGUAGAAGACAUGGACGGCGGCACAUUUACAAUAAGCAAUGGAGGCGUUUUCGGCUCCCUCUUAAGCACUCCCAUCGUUAAUCCGCCCCAGUCAGCGAUCUUGGGACUUCACGGCACUUUUGAUCGUCCGGUUGUUCGGAAUGGUCAAGUUGUGGUCAGGCCGAUGAUGUACGUGGCUUUGUCUUACGAUCACCGAUUGAUAGAUGGCAGGGAAGCUGUUUUGUUCCUUCGAAAGAUCAAGUCUUUCGUAGAAGACCCACGCGUGUUUUUCUUGGACCUAUAA